AUGCCGCAGGAGUUGACGUGUCGCCAGUGGCGGGCCCUGGCCACUGUGUAUCAUCUCUACACAGCAAGGGACGGUGCUGACGAGACAACAGCAGCAGCAGCAGCAGCCGCAGUGGGAAUCUCUGGUCAUGCCGAACAGAAGGCGGGGAAAGAGGCGGUGCAGUGGGUGGAGNAGACAACAGCAGCAGCAGCAGCAGCCGCAGUGGGAAUCUCUGGUCAUGCCGAACAGAAGGCGGGGAAAGAGGCGGUGCAGUGGGUGGAGGGUGUUCUGCCCCUGCUGCAGCGCGCCUUCCCGCCGGAGGUGGUCGCGGAACUGCGCCAACGGACGCGACGGCGCGAUGCCGACAGCAGCCACCACUGCAACGGGCGGAACCGAAAGCGGGUGGAGCAGUGGCGGAAGUUGAUUCCAGAGGAAAUGGAUGCGCUUCUCUCGGCACUGCUGCUUCUACCACCUGCAGAGAAUGAUGCGUCUUCGUCCUUCUUGUCCUUGACAAGCAGCGAGCAUGCUUUGCUGCGACUUCUCAACAAGGAGCAGCGCUGGGCGGAUCGCUGCUACCAGCAGAACGCGACCCUGAAAGAACAAAUGCGACGCGUGGGCGAGUCGCUCCUCAGUUUGGCGGCGGGUGAAAGCAGCGGCGUCGCGGACGGCUGCAACGCGGCCUGUGGGGUGGCGAUGGUGAAGCCGCCGCGCGAGGAAAGGGUAGCGGUCGAGAAGGUAACCGGCGCUGCAGGAAACUCGCAUGAUGGUCAAAAGAAGCUGGCGGUGGCUGUGCUCGACGACGAGGAGGCUGCUGGCACAGAGUCCUCGGAGACCCCCGACGCCUCCCUUGAGUAUGUUGGGGCGCAGCCCCCUCCACUAACUACAACAACAACAACAGCAGCAGCAGCAGAAGCAGCGAUGGCUGCGGCGGUUGAUUUAACUUGCGCCGGCUGCGGCGAGGGGGGCGGGGAGCUCUUCCAGUGCCGCCACUGUCACCUGCUGCGCCACGAGGCCUGUGGGGGGCCCAAGGUAGGGUCCGACACCGGCUUCUGCGACGUGUGCUGCCACGAGCUCGGUCUCUCUGUCAGCAGCCAGAGCCUGCGCUCCUCCACAUCGACGGAGGAACGCGCGGAGCUCGGUGACGAUGACGACGACGACGACUCGAGUCUGUCGGGGUUCAUUGUGAACACAUCGGAUGCCUCGGAGAGCGCCGAGGAGCCGUCGUCGUCCUCCUCCUCCUCCUCCUCCUCCUCGACGGUGGAGAGAAGGGGGCUCCUGCCCACCAAAAGGCGCCGCCGUUCUUGA